UCCUUAUUACACCUGGUGACGAACCCAGGUUUUAUUCUAUAUGAUGGUGUGUGCAUCUGUUUCUCAGUUGACACUCUACCCCGGAAACCUCUGUUAUUGAUCAUCCCAUUUAAGUUGAUAAGUUCCCCAAAAAAUGACCAUCGGCUCCGGAGGAUCAAGCGUCGUUGUUCCCAGGAACUUCAGGUUGCUAGAAGAACUUGAACGUGGUGAAAAAGGGAUUGGAGAUGGGAGCGUCAGCUAUGGAAUGGAUGAAGGUGAUGAUAUCUACAUGCGUUCUUGGACGGGUACUAUAAUUGGUCCUCACAAUAGUGUACAUGAAGGCCGAAUAUAUCAGUUGAAGCUCUUUUGUGACAAAGAUUAUCCAGAGAAACCUCCAACCGUUCGCUUCCACACACGGAUUAAUAUGUCUUGCGUGAACGCAGAGACCGGAAUGGUUGAACCGACGAAGUUUGGGAUGCUGGCGAAUUGGCAGAGAGAGUUUACUAUGGAGGACAUUCUGACUCAGCUGAGGAAAGAAAUGGCUGCACCUCACAACCGAAAACUUGUUCAACCUGCAGAAGGAACCUGUUUCUAGCUGACCUUCCAAGCUGGGAAUUCUUAAAAGGGCAGAAGUCUGAAGGGUCUUAAUAGGUUUAUAUAAUCAGUAUGUAGUUAAAUUAUUUAUGCCUUUGAUAUGGAAUUCUUGGAAAGGAAAAAGAUCCAAUACUGCUUGCUUAUUCAUAUUGUUGAGUAGAGUUUUACAAUGUGAUUAUGUAAGACAUAUUUUUAAAAAUAAAUUGAGACUUUGUAACGUGGAAAGCCUUGUUGGCUGAACCAUCGUCUAUGCUAUUUCAACAUCAUAUGCCCUUGGGAUGUAUCCUCUAUAACCUUGAGGUUUUUUUUUUUUAUAAAUUUUAUUUAUUUAUUUAAUUAUU